UCAAAUAUUUGAUCACAGGAGAGACGGCCAGGAAACCCAGGGGGACGGAGGAAGCACAUAGGAGCCCAGGGCUAGUGGCUGGUGUGUGCUGGGUGGGUAGCACCAGGGCCGUAACCACACUUGCCCCCUUCCCCAGCCGCAAACAGAGGCAGCAUGGCCAGCAGGCUCCCCUCUGUGCUGUGGGGUGCAGGCAUCAGGAGGGCACUGCUCAUCUGCGUCCUGCUGCUGCUGCUCAGCUCCUGGCAGGGAACAUCAGGUCCUGCCGGGAGCAGGAUAUUGCUCAGCGCCACAGCCAGCCAGGUCUCCUCCCCACCUGCCAUUCUCAAGUCAGGCCCUGAUGGGGGACCCACACGCCACCGGGCAGUCAGGAUGACGCCCUUCUGGAGGAUGGUGGGCAGCAAACCACUGGGAGCCUACUGCCGGCACGGCCUGGAGUGCAGCACCAAGAUGUGCAGGAACGGGCACUGUGCUUCCCCACAGUACGAAUGCUGAAAGCUGGAAGCUGAUGCAAUCCCGGCUGGAGACAAUGCUCCCCAUCUACCCCCAGGCUCAGAGCAUCUGCAGACUGGAGGCCAUCAAUACUUGCCCCUGGGGUGGGACUGUGAGACACAUGAUCCAGAGCCCUGCAAUCACCACUUGGGGGCGAGGGCUCCAGCCUCCCAACACAGGUGGGAGUGUGUCCCAGUCUCCUCACAUGCACCCUCGGUGAAGGGGAAAGUAUUCAUAGUUCCAGCGGGGGCCAAUUCCAAGUCUGACCCAGCACCCCCCCCCCCAGCAGCAGCCAUCUGGGGGGCUCCCAUAGUGAAGCCUGCACAGACCCGAGCUGCUCGCAGGGACUGUUGUUGAUCCUGAUAUUGAAUGGGGGCUGAGAGUGCAAGGAUUACCCCAACAGGAGCUGGGAGACCAGACCCUUCCUGGCCCCAGCGUUGCUCUGUGCAAGGAAAAUUGGGACUCUUAAAGGAGCCACAUGCGCAAGCAGUUGCCACUCUAUAGGGGCUGAGAUCCCUCCUCAGAGCCAGCCUGACGGAAAUGCCCCUCUGGCCCUUCCCAGCAGAGAGAUCCUUUUUGUGCCUUCAUGCCAAGCCAAGAAAGCAUCCCACCUUGGGGUCCCUCUCCUUCCCCAGGGGCUGGGCAGACUCCCAGCCUGCCCCUGGGGACAGGCUCUAGGUGCAGGCUGGAAGUCUACUGGGGGGAUAUCUUCCUGAGGUGGGGAUUCCCACACUCCCCCAUUGCAAGGUGAUGGGCAGCACCCAAACUGCCGCUGCAGGGACCCCAGGAUGGCACCUGAGGUAAACAUGGACUUCUUACUGGAGAGCCCUGAAUCCCGCAAGGCUGUGUCACCUGCAGUGCGCUGGAUGCCCCAGGACUGCACCUCACAGACUGUUUGAACCUACGUUGCUUGCUCAAACAAUAAAUGCCUCUGGCCUG